AUGGAGAUAGACAGCGACAUCGUUCCGAUCCAACAGAUCCCUCGGAGCGCCGCAACAAUCCUCUGCUACAAAUGCGGUGCUCCCAUCGAUGGAACCAGCGCUGCGGGCGCCCUCUGCGACGACUGCUUUAAACUCUCCGUCGACAUCACCGAAGGCAUCCAACGCGAAACCACCCUCCACUUCUGCAAAGACUGCGAUCGCUGGUUAUCGCCACCCAACCAAUGGCUGGUCGCUCCGCCUGAAUCGCCGCAACUCCUCGCAGUAUGUUUACGGCGGCUGCUAGGACUGAACCGGGUGCGGAUGACGGACGCGAAGUUCAUAUGGACGGAGCCGCAUUCGCGGCGGUUGAAGGUGAAGAUCACCGUGCAGCAGACCGCAUCGCACGGUGCCAUCGUCCAGCAAACCUUUGACGUCGAGUACAUCACGGCGUCACAGCAGUGCCCGGACUGUCAGAAGUCAUACACGCAUAACACCUGGCGAGCCGUGGUGCAGCUCCGGCAGAAAGUGCCGCACAAGCGGACCUUCUUAUAUCUCGAACAACUGAUCCUGAAGCAUGGCGCGCAUAAGGACACCACCAACAUCAAAGAAGUGGUCGACGGGAUCGAUUUCUACUUCGGGCAACGGAGUCACGCGGACAAAUUCACGGAUUUCCUGGCAUCCGUGACACCGAUCCAAAUGAAGAAAUCCAGCACGCUGAUUUCCACCAACGUCCACACGUCGACCAAGUCCUACAAGUUCUCCUUCUCCGUGGAGAUCAUACCGAUAUGCAAGGACGAUCUGGUCGCGCUGCCGAUCAAGCUGGCCAACCAGAUCGGGCAAAUGUCUCCGCUUGCGCUCUGCUCCCGGGUCGGCACGGCCAUCAACCUCCUCGACCCGAACACGCUGCAGACGGCUGAAAUCUCCGGCAAGGAAUACUGGCACAGCCCGUUCCGCAGCAUGGCGGACGUCCAGCAGCUCGUGGAAUUCGUCGUCCUCGACAUCGAACCGCUCGGCGUCUCGAAAGGCCGCUUCUUCCUCGCCGAGGCUACUAUCGCUCGCGCGUCGGAUUUCGGCGUCAACGACACCACGUACCUGGUGCGAACCCACCUCGGUGGGAUCCUCCAUCCCGGCGACGCCGUGCUCGGCUACAAUCUGACCGGCGGCAACUUCAAUAACGAGAACUUCGACGCCAUCGAGCAGAACCAUCGAUGGGGCUCCACCAUCCCCGACGUCAUCCUCGUCAAGAAACACUAUCCCCGCAAGCCGAAGUCCAAGAAGCGGAACUGGCGGCUCAAGCGGAUGGCGCAGGAAGAAGACGAGCUGGCGCCGAGGAAGCAGGAUAAGGACCGCACCGAUCGCGAUUACGAGCUGUUCAUGCGUGAUGUCGAGGAAGAUGAGGAGCUGCAGGCCACGAUCGCAUUGUACAAAGCGCAGAAGGAGGCGAACCGCGACGCCGACGUCAUGUCGGACGUCGAGGAGGAAGACGACGAUGAGUCGGAGGACGGACCGCGCAUCCGAAUGGAGCAAUUGCUCGAUGAUUUCGAUGAGAUGAACAUUGAGGGUGGCUGA